GAAAGUUGCCAGUCUACAAUUGGAACAAUGAAUUCAUCCAACCUGAUCGUGAUUUCAAAUCGGCUUCCCUUUACUUUGAAGCGUGGGCCUGACGGUUCUCUUUGUCGAGUACCUGCUGCCGGAGGCCUGGUUACAGCGGUGGCUCCAGUAGUCAUAGAAACCAACGGAACAUGGAUAGGAUGGGCAGGCCCGGGUUUGUCCGAAGGAGAGCUUAUUCCUGAAUCCCUGCCCUCUGAUCGCAGUCCAACCGCCGGACUCAAAUCUGGACAAAUCCGUCCUGUUAAUCUGACUGAUUGGGAAUUUCAGAUGUAUUACAACGGAUGUUGCAAUGCAACCCUAUGGCCGUUGUUCCAUAGCAUGCCUGAUAAGGCUAUAUUUAACCAAACAUAUUGGUUAGCUUACAAAACUGUCAAUCAGAAGUUUGCUCAGGCAACAUUGAACGACCUGAGAAAAAAUCAUUCUAACAGCGACACAGUUGGGAUAGUAUGGAUCCAGGAUUACCAUCUUCUUCUUGCUGCAACUAUUAUCCGACAGGCUGCCUCCGCCGAGAAUCUGAAUUGUAAGAUUUGUUUUUUUCUCCAUAUUCCAUUCCCCACCUGGGACAUGGUUAAAAUCCUACCAUGGAACAGGGAGGUGAUCCAGGCCUUGCUGGAUUGUGAUCUGGUUGGGUUCCAUGUUGAUGAUUACUGUUUAAACUUUGUUGACUGCUGCCGAAGAGGUUUAGGAUGCAAGGUUGAACCUGGAACCAAAGGAACCUAUAGAGUCAACAAGGGAGGAAGAUGUAUCAGGGUGAUGCCUCAUCCUAUCAGUAUACCAUUUUCCCGCUUCGAGGAUCUGGCUGAUAAGGCGGAGCAAACUCUUUGCUCAGACACUCAAGUUAUCCUUGGAGUUGACCGGCUUGAUUAUACCAAAGGACUUGUAAAUAGGUUUAAAGCAUUUGAAAUUCUUCUUUCAACUCAUCCAGAGUAUAUCAAUAAUGUGGUUCUUCUCCAAGUUGCAGUCCCCAGUAGAACAGAUGUUCAGGAGUACCAGGAAUUGAAGGAUAUGAUGGACCAGUUGGUGGGACGGAUAAAUGGUAAAUUUUCUACAGCUUAUUGGUCUCCUAUCAGAUACAUUUAUGGAUCUCUCUCCCAUAGCCAGCUUGCGGGAAUUUACAGGGACUCAGAUGUAGGACUGAUUACUCCACUCCGAGAUGGGAUGAAUCUAGUGGCAAAGGAGUUUGUAGCAUGUAGGACCAGGAAACCAGGAGUUCUAAUCCUUUCACCAUUUGCUGGAGCCGGAGAGAUGAUGAAAGAGGCACUUCUUGUUAACCCAUAUGAGUUGGAAACAGUUGCUGAAACUAUCCACAGAGCUCUACAGAUGCCAGAGAAUGAAAGGGAGGCAAGAAUGAAUGCUCUGCGCUCAAAAGAGAGAGUUAAUAAUGUGGAGCAAUGGAUGGCAAAAUUUAUUCAAGCUAUUUCCGAACUAAUUCAAGAAGAUGGUAAAGAGAUUUCGCCGUCUGAUUCUCUCUUAGUUCAAGCAGAAGACUUUCAAGGAUGUCUUGGAGACUUCAUUGAGGACGGAUUCAGUUUAGCUCUUCUCCUUGAUUUUGAUGGAACCCUGUCUCCUCUUGUAUCCAACCCUAAGGACGCAGCUCUGCCAUCCGCCACAAAGGAUAUUCUUGUACGAUUGUCUCAACUACCAAAUGUUUUCAUUGGAAUAGUAAGCGGUAGGGGAGUGGAGGACGUGAUGAGUAAGGUUGGAAUACCAGGAAUAACAUAUGCUGGAAACCAUGGGCUCAACAUAAUACAUCCUGAUCAAUCAACAUACAAUCAUCCAAUACCAGAGAACCUUGAAGAACGGACACAAACUCUACUCCGUCAAAUAGAGAAGGAAUGCUGUGUUUUCGGGGCUACAGUAGAGAACAAGGGAGUUAUAGUAACCUGGCAUUACAGAAAUGUUCCAACUGAAAAGAGAGAACCUCUCAUAUCCAAAGUUAAAAAUAUGGUAACCAAGGCAGGAUUCAAGAUUGGAACGGCACACUGUGCCCUAGAGAGUAAACCUGACCUUGGAUGGGAUAAAGGAAAAGCCUCUAUGCUUAUUUUGAAGAAUGCUUUUGGAAAGGAUUGGCCCCAAAAGGUUCGUGUGAUAUACGUAGGAGACGAUGUAACUGAUGAGGAUGCUAUGCGUGAUCUAAAGGGACUUGGAUUCUCCUUUAAAAUUUCGAGCUCUACCUUGAGCAUGACGAAUGCAGAUAGGAUUCUUCCUGGAACAGAUUCAGUAGUUAAACUCCUCGAGUGGGUUGAGCAUACUGUGGUUAAGAGAUCUGGCGUUGACACUGAAAUUGAAUUACGAGUUGAACAAGUGCAGCGAGAGGUGGAAAUAUAGAAACCUAAUCAUGGAGACGUAUAAUUAUUCAAAAAUAUAAUCUAUGUUACAAAUAUCAGUAGAGAGUUAUAUUAGUGUUAUAGUAAUUUCAAAAUGAACCUAUAAAAAUGCUAUUUUUUGUUCAGGAUUAGAAAUAGAAAACCUAUAUUCAUUAAAAAUAUAUAUCUAAAUACUAA